GUGAGUCUCUCACUGCACAACUGAGGAUGAAGUGUGCUAGGUUUCUGCGGUGAACUCAGAGCCUGAAGCUGCUCCAGAAACAUGGCUGGGAACGCGUGGAGGUCAACGGUGUCUCGUGUCUUGAAUGCACUGACAAACCAGACGCAGCCCAGAACUUUUUCCAGAGGACUGCACACUGUAACGCUAAUUCCAGGGGAUGGAAUUGGUCCGGAGAUCUCCACAGCUGUAGCAAAGAUAUUUGAAGCAGCUAAAGUUCCCAUUCAAUGGGAGGAGAGGAACGUGACGGCUGUCAAAGGACCUGGAGGGAAAUGGAUGAUCCCUCCUGAAGCCAAAGAGUCAAUGGACAGAAGCAAAAUUGGAUUGAAGGGACCUCUGAAGACCCCUAUUGCUGCUGGCCAUCCGUCCAUGAACCUGCUGUUGAGAAAGACAUUUGACCUGUACGCUAACGUGCGUCCCUGCGUGUCCAUUGAGGGCUUUAAGACUCCCUACACAGAUGUUGAUCUGGUUACCAUCAGAGAAAACACUGAGGGAGAGUACAGUGGAAUUGAACAUGUGAUUGUAGAUGGGGUUGUGCAGAGUAUUAAGCUAAUCACAGAAGAGGCCAGCCGUCGCAUCGCUGAGUACGCCUUCGAGUAUGCCAGGAAUAACCAGAGAACCAGUGUGACGGCUGUUCACAAGGCCAACAUCAUGCGCAUGUCUGAUGGCCUGUUUCUGAGGAAGUGCAGAGAGGUGGCUGAGAACUACAAGGUUGUCAAAUUCACUGAAAUGUAUCUGGAUACAGUGUGUCUGAAUAUGGUGCAGGAUCCCACUCAGUUUGAUGUGCUUGUUAUGCCCAAUUUGUAUGGUGAUAUAUUGAGUGAUCUUUGUGCUGGAUUAAUUGGAGGUCUAGGAGUGACUCCUAGUGGCAACAUUGGUGCUAAUGGUGUUGCCAUAUUCGAAUCGGUACAUGGAACUGCACCUGAUAUUGCUGGUAAGGACCUGGCCAACCCUACUGCUCUGCUCCUGAGUGCUGUGAUGAUGCUGCGGCACAUGGGACUGCAUGGCUAUGCCAAGAAAAUCGAGACCGCUUGCUAUGACACCAUCCGAGACAAGAAGGUUUUGACCAAAGACCUUGGUGGAAAUUCCAAGUGUUCAGAGUUCACAGCUGAGAUUUGCCGACGAGUACAGGAUAUGGACUGAGACGUGGCACUCGAUAACAUCACCGGUUAUCUGUGAUUGGGUUACUGCUCCCUAAAGGCGCACAGAAAAUAAUUUGCCUUUGUAUCAUUCUGUCUAUAUCUGUGCACAAGUAUAAUAACAUCUAUGUCUUUGCUGAGACAAAAUAUCUGAAUGUUUUAUUUCACCUCCAACACACAAAGAACUGCUAAAAUUUGUCAACAGUAUACACGUGUAAAAUGUGUUUUGUUGUUGUUUUUUUUUUUUUUCUCUUCACGGUCACAUUAAUUGCAUAACCUAAGAUGUCCUUUAUUUAUUGAUUGGAGAUAUUCUCUAGUCCUCCCAUUUUAACAUAACCACUUUGUCACUGGGUUAAUGGCAGGCAUAAACUUGGUCAAUUUAAGAGAUUAAGUACAUUAAAGUUGCUGAUAUUUUGAA